ACACUCUGGUCCGCUGUACAGACAGAAACGCACAGCAACAGUCAAGAGUAUCUCCACUGGCUAAAAGGCACAUCAACCGCCUUUUACGCACACAUACAUCCGAAAGAGAAAACAGUCCCCGAUCCCGGGUUUAACCAUGAUUAAGAAAAUGUCGCCCCCGGAGAGCGAUUUUGACAUCCCGGCGAAGAACUGCUACAGGAUGGUGAUUUUGGGAUCCACCAAAGUUGGGAAAACGGCCAUCGUGUCCCGGUUCCUGAACGGGAGGUUCGAUGAGCAGUACACGCCGACCAUCGAGGACUUUCACAGGAAACUGUACAGCAUCAAGGGAGACGUAUACCAGCUAGACAUUCUGGAUACAUCAGGGAACCACCCUUUCCCCGCCAUGAGGAGACUAUCCAUACUGACAGGUGAUGUGUUCAUUCUCGUCUUCAGCCUGGACAACCGCGACUCCUUCCAGGAGGUGCAGCGGCUAAAGCGGCAGAUCUACGAGACCAAGUCGUGCCUGAAAAACAAGAUCAAAGAGAACAUCGACGUGCCUCUGGUCAUCUGCGGCAACAAGGGCGACCGAGAGUUUUACCGGGAGGUGCAGCAGGAGGAGAUCGAGCAGCUGGUGGCCGGGGACGAGAAGUGCGCGUACUUCGAGAUCUCCGCCAAGCGCAACGAGAACGUGGAUAAGAUGUUUCAGACUCUGUUUACCUUGGCCAAACUACCGCACGAGAUGAGCCCCGACCUUCACCGGAAAGUGUCCGUGCAGUACUGCGACAUGCUGCACAGAAAGUCUAUGAAAAACAAGAAGCUGAAGGACAUUGGGGAGGCGUACGGCGUGGUCACCCCGUGCGCCCGGAGACCCAGCGUGCACAGCGACCUCAUGUACAUUAAAGAGAAGGCGAUAGGAGGCGGCCAGGGCAAAGACAAAGAGAGGUGUGUGAUCAGCUAGGCUCAAACUGCGAUGCACAAACUCACGAAUCUUUGAAACGGAGAAGGAGCCUGGUGCGUCAGCUUGAGAGGCGACCUGUGCGGCCGGCUGCGCUCAAACUGGCACUGGAGGUGUGUGAGACGCCGGAGCUGCCGGCGCCGCGCCGUAUCCAAGGACACUGACUGGACACGCGAGUCCGCUACAAACCACUAAAAGAAAAAACACAUUGCCCACGAGACAUUUGAGAAUGUUAGCUUGUUCUGUCAGUCAGAGCCCAAUGAGUGGCUUCAUACCUUGUGAGACUCGCGCACAGAUGCGUAAACAUGUGUUUUGUCGACGUCAUGCCUUUUACAAAUGCCAGAGAAGAGAGAAAAGAGACUCUUGGCUCAGGAGGUGCAAUGCUGGGGGAAAAUAAUGUUGUUUACAUCUUCUCAUAGAUUUUCUAAUGGCUAAGUACACUUGAAUGUUUCGUUGCAAUCUUGACUUUUUUAUUGUGAGCGUCUAUAUUUAUUGUCAAUGUCAUUUUUUGCAAAGAAGUAAAAGAAAAUCUUAAAAUAUAAUAAAAAACAAAAAACAAACUAAAACUUCAUUUGCAUUGCCUCU